UAGGAAGUUGGAGCCUUGUGUGACCCUCUUAUUUCUGGCCUGAUACCUGCAGGCCCUUGUGUGAGUGGGGCCAUGUUGGCUUUCCCCGCACCCAGGUGCUUCUCAGAGCUCAGAUCCUCUCCCUGCUGGAGAAACCUUUGUCCUGGGGACUUGGAGGGGACAACCCCUUGGCUCUGGCCCUGACAGGCUGCCAGACUCCCUGCUGCCGCCAGAGGGCACCCCAGCCCCAGUUGAUGGAGUCCAGCUUGAUUGGGCACCAGGCGUGCCCUCAGCUCUGCACCCCUGGCCUGGACCUCUGCCAGCCUAGAGGCUCAGGAGGUCACAGGGCGUCCGAAACAGACGUGGACAUGGCUGGCUCCCUGUGUGGUCUUUGGGGGGAAAGCCAGUGCCCUGAGACCCCCCUGAACCCUAGGCUAAGAGCUGGAGGAGGCCUCCAUCCACCCUGGGAUGGUUUCAGCAGUCAGGACAUGGAGCCUCGGCACACUCCUCAUUCUCCAUUUUACUUCCUCCAGCCUUCAUUCUCUUCUUCCCAUCAGCCAUGCCCAGGCCCCUCAGUGGCUCCUUGGUGACCCUUGGAGCCCUAACUCCCCUCCCCAGCUCUCUUUCGCUGUAUGCCCCAGGCCUGUGACGUCAUCCCUGUUCUGCUCGGGACUCUCUAGGGUUGGGUGCCGUGGCCUGAGUCCCAUAGCCUGGAGGAGUUGGAGGCAGGACUUGAAUGUGGGCCUCCUACAUGAUUUCCUGUUAGCUCUUGCCUUGAAUGUACUAGACAGUUAUUAAGGAAAUGCUUGUUGGAGUGCAUUGAAUGAAUAACGCUGGCCCAUUGGGGGCGUCUGCAUCUUCUGCUUCUGCAAGGCCUCCCUCCAGCACUCAGAUCAGAUUCUGCUCUUGCUGGGUCUAAACCUCCCAGGAUGGAAACUUCCUCCUUCAGUGCCAGUUAUUUGUUUUACCUUAAACUCGCUGAAAUCCGCCUUCACUUUCUUCAGCCUCCCCUUUCCCUAGCUGAAAAAGAAAAAGAAACCUUCUAAUAAACACGAAGAGUCAAGCAAAACACAUUCCCAUGCAAUCCCAUCCAAAGAAAUGUAUGGCUCAGUGAGUAGCCUUGAGCCAUCCCCUGUCAGGAGGGGGAGACGUGUAUUCCUGCGGCCUCAUGGGGAUCAGUUCUGUCCCUGCAGUGUGGACUGCUCUCCUGGUUCAGCUUCCCUCCCCCUGCAGCGGUUCAGCCAAGUCUUCCUGGAUUCUUCUGGAACCGAGAUAUCCUAUCCCAUCCCUUUUCUCAGCUUGUUCAGCCAUUCCCUAAAUAGUGGGCAUCCCCUGAGUUUCUGAAACUUUGCUACCCCCAAAUUGCCACUGUAAAUAUUUUUGUACAUCUUAGUUCUCUCUAUUCUCUUUGGGGCCUAGUAGCAAUAGCAGAUGGUUUGCACAGUUUACUAGCUUUGGGGGUGUAGUUCCAAAUCUCCAGAAUGGUUGGACCUAUUUGGCGCCAUCAACCACACGUGAGUGUGCCUCCUUUCCUUGCAGCCCCUCCACCAUUUGUUCUCCUUUUCAGUCAUUUCAGCCAUUUUGGUGGGUGGGAGGGUGGACCUCAGAGGCAUUUUAAUAAACAUUUCUUAAGGCCCACCAUAUGCCAGGGACUGUGCUUCAUAUGGGGCACACAAAGAAGGCAUGGACAGCCCUUCCCUCUGUAAAAAGGAAUUCUUUAUUCCAUUUUUAAUUUAACAGGGGAUCUGGGGCCCUCUUACCAUAGAGAUGUGUAGGGAUUAACCAACCCACAGUGACAGGAAGUAGAAACCAUGGAGACAGGAAGGAGGAACCAGAGAGACAGGAAGUGAGGUAGGAGGAGGUGAUAAAAAAGGCCCAGUGUCGGUUGUUCAGCCUGUCAGUUGCUGACAGUUAGGGCUGGCAGUUGCGGAGACCUUGGCUGCUGGGUGCAGGCCUUCAGGAAGCAGCGAGGAGCACGGGAGUGAGCUGGACUCCUGAGGCGUCUCCCCACGAAGGAUCCUCAAAGCCCUGAUUGCCAUGGCCGCCCCAGAUGGCCGCUGAGCCAGGCUCCAGGAGGUCACCUCGGUCCUCCAUGGCUGACACGUGGCUGGAUUGCCCUGUGUUGGGCCCUGGUUGGAAGCGCCGUGAAACCUUCCGGAAGUCGGGGGCUACCUGCGGCCGUUCGGACACUUAUUAUCAGAGCCCCACUGGAGACCUGAUCCGAAGUAAGGUUGAACUGACCCGCUUCUUGGGCCCUGACUGUGACCUCAGCUGUUUUGAUUUCAAACAGGGGGUUCUGCAGUAUUUCCCUACUAGGGCAUCUUCUCAAAAGAAGAGGCGAGGAGCCUGGCUAGAGAAGGCCUCCCUCAAAGAGAAACCUCCUGAGGAACCCUUGCCUGCCCCUGCUGCUGCCAAGGCCUCCAAGUCACCACAUGCCCCCCCGGACCCUCUGACCAAAUGGUGUGAAAACUGUGGAGCCCGUAUCUCAGGGGCUGGUGCCAGGAGUCAGCGGCUCCACUCUCUGUGCAAGAGCUGCCGGGCCCAGAAAAAUGCUCUAGGCCGGGAACAGAGAGCGUCGGAGCCAGGGGGCUGCGGUGACUGCAAGGCCUGCCAGGUGACUGAGGACUGUGGUGUCUGCUUGGCCUGCGUUGGGCGGAUGUCUCAGCCCAACACUUCCUGGCCCCCGCCGAACCGGUGCACCCAGCGCCUCUGCCUCAGGAGCAUCGAUGAGAGCUCGGCCUGUGGGGUUUGUUCUAACUGUCAGACCAAGGAAGACUGUGGGGCCUGCUGGUUUUGUGAGCUCAAAGGGAAGCCGGGCUUCCAAAGGCAGUGGACAUGCCUUCAGCGGUGGUGCCUCAAGAAGCAGAGAAGGAGGACACCGAGAGGGGCAGCUGCUGCUGCCAAGCCCCCAGGCAAGAGUCCCCAAGGCCAGGCCCUGCCGCCCCAGCCCCUAGCUCAAGCCGUCAGCUCCUCAGGUGCUGCCAGGGAGUACAAGCAUCCGGGCCUUGGUGUGUUCAUCUCGUCCCUCCCUGAGAAGCUGGAGGGGGAGAAUAAUGGGGCCCAGGCUCCUGGGGCUGCCUCCCCACCCCCUGCAGCCUUCCUUCCCAGCUUCUCUGGAGAGGGAGCUAAGAGGGUCUGGCCCCAGCAUUCUCUGAAACAAGAGGAAAACCCUGUUAGAGGGGAGGAGGAGAGAGCAGCAAAGGCCUCCGCUCCAGCGGUCCUGGACAAGCAUAGCCAGAGCAGAGCCACCCCAAUAGCAGCAGGGCCCAGGGGAGGUCUAGACAGUGUCCUCCAGGAGUUUCUAGCAGAACUGAAGGCGCUGCCCCUCCCUGCCCGCUGGGAAGUCCUGCCGCCAAGGGGGCCAGACUUACGUAUCUUCCAGCCAUCCCCUUUGUCUACUGUGUCUGCUGCGGUCAUCUACAUCCAGCCAGGCCUCUUCUUCCAUGUGGUGGUACAGGACAUCCCUGUGCCGGCCACCCACCGACUCUAUUCAGCUCACCCAUCGCGCCUCACCUCCGUGGAUGAGGUGGUGGAUCUCAUCUGCAACCUGGAGGCCUACCGCCUGUGCCCCGGCUGGUCUGUUAGCUGUAAUCGGAGCCCGCGUUCUCCAGACUGUGAUGUCCUCGUAUAUGAGGGCCGCUGCCAGGCCUGCUGCGUCAGACAGCCCUGGGUCCCCACAUACUGAGCCGGCCCUGGGGGCCCUCUCCUCCAGCUCUCCCUGCUACACUGGGAAAGAGUCAGUGUACACUGGAAAGGCUGAGGUGAGGACAGAUACCCUCUCCUCUUGCCUCCCUACAGAAGCCAGUAUUUACCCACCUCCCACCCUGGACUGCUUUGAGGAUCCCCACUUGUCUUGCCUGGCCCCCCUCCUCAUGGCUUUCUGAGAGAACUGCCACAGUCUGCAUCCCCACUGUCAGGUCCCCCUCACAUAUAUCCCCUGAACUCAAGGACAUAGGCUGGGCCCAAUAGAGAAGAAAGAGGGGGGGUCUGGAACCUUGGCUCUGUGUUCUGGAAAUGGAGCCAUUGUGAAUCUGGAGUCUGGAACCCCUUGGGAAGGGGAUAUGAAGACCAGAGGGCUGCAUGCACCCCCCCAAAGCAAGAGAAAUCUGUUGGGGUGCUGUACCUUAGUUUUUUUUUUUUGUUUGUUCUGCUAUCUUUUCUUUUUGUAAAUAAACAAUGAUGACAAUAAAAAAAA